AUGUCCUUGUCAAAACCGUUUCCACUUCUCCGUCUACCCAGAGUGCCUCUUCUAAACGUUUUCAAGUGCAUUGGCGUUCAGGAACAAUUCUACCUCUCGAUAUGCUCAAGCAAAGCAAAAUAUGCUCUCAAGUUCUACACCAGUAUACAGAAGUUCUCAGUGACUUUUCAUCUUACGAAUAUCUUUGCGUUUUCCCUGAAAGCCGAGAAUUCUGACGAUGAAUUCGAGAUAGACGUUCAAACUCACACUGACAUUUUUGCGUCACUGUGGCUAUUUUUGAGCAGUGUUGACGUUAAAGCAACUUCAGGGACUUCAUUCGGAAAAAAUGUGAAACGACUUGUCUUGUUUUUGGCGGACGUGUUUAACAGUCCUGCAAUUUCUUUGAAAUUUGUAGGGAGACCUCAGGACUUUGUGACAGGAUGCAUUAACUUUAUUCAUUCUCUGAAGAUGAACAUUCAUUAUUUGAAGAUCCACUCCGCAGAAGAUGAAGACGAAAAUGUGACACUUGUUAUGAAUAGUUGUAGAGAAGCUUCUGAAGUCCAUCUGAGAUGUUCAACGACUCCAAGAUUUGACUAUUUUAACAAGUGUCUAUUCCCAAUGUUCCGCCUUAAAAAGCUAAGAAUUGACUAUGCGGAGUGGGUAUCCACGUGGCACCUAACUAAUUUAUUCAUCAAUUGCAAACAUCUCGAUCUUUACAAAUGUUCGACAGUCCAUAUCAAUAUCAAUCAAUUCCUCAAAGAAUGGAUGAACGGGUUUUCUCAGUUGAAAUUCGCCAGGCUGACAUUUUCUGACUCCAUGGCUGAUAUAAUGGAGGGGAUACCAUCGAAGCUUGUGUCGACUAGAAGGACGCGGUGGGCACAACACUUCAGUGAAGUGCCUCGCAUCAAGCAACAAAAAACUAGAGCUCACGUCUAUGUUAUUAAGGGUGAUUAUACUAUUGUGAUUACUGAUUCUCUGCAAUAA